GUUGUUGUUAACACAAAUAGAUAAUUUAUUAAUUUAUGUUGUAUUGACCGUUCUUAUCUAAAAUGAAAAUUUACUUUUAUAAAAGUGUUACAACCAUAUGACCGGUUACACUGGUAGCGAAAAUCUGAUUUGUUGUUAAAAAUCUGUGAAAAAAUGGAUAUUGCAAAAUCCAUUUUCAGUCACAGAGACCGCGAGGGUUACGUGGGCAAAGAAGAUCACAAGAAACGUGAAAUUGAGUUGGCAAUUUCAGAGGACGAUGUUGAUGAUUACUUUAUUGAAAAUUUCUCUGAGGGCCUAGACAUGAACGACUUGCUUACACCUAGCCCCGGCGGUCCAUUUUCGGCCCUGACCCCUAGCAUGUGGCCUCAAGACAUCAUGGCAAAAUUAAGUGUAGUUCCUGACGACCCCAAUUCCCAGCCAGAAUACAGAUUUGACGAAUUUGGGUUCCGCGUUGACGAAGAGGACGGUCCUGAGCAAAAUUCUAACAAGUUGUUGGGUAUUCCCUUUGUGGAGGACCCCCAGGAUAGGCUUCAAUGGGUUGCUCAUUUAGAAUUCUCUCAUAAUAAGGAAGUGUCGGAUUUGACUUGGGAUAAGGUUGAGGUGAAAUUGCCCAGAACUGACAAGUUGCGCUCAAUGGUCAGAGCGGGGAUUCCCCACUCUUUGAGGCCCCAAAUGUGGAUGCGAAUGUCAGGGGCGUUAGAAAAGAAACAACAGUCGGAAUUGUGCUACAAAGAUAUCGUUAAAAUGUCCAGCAACGAUUCUUUAAUGACCUCGAAGCAAAUUGAAAAAGAUUUGUUGCACACAAUGCCGACAAAUACGUGUUUUAGUCACAUUAACAGCACUGGGAUUCCCAGAUUGAGACGGAUUUUGCGAGGAAUCGCUUGGCUUUAUCCAGAUAUUGGGUAUUGUCAAGGGACUGGCAUGAUCGCCGCGUCGCUUCUUCUUCUACUUGAAGAAGAAGAAGCGUUUUGGAUCAUGGUGACAAUAGUUGAAGAUCUCUUACCUGCCUCUUACUACAGCUCAACUUUGUUAGGGAUUCAAGCUGACCAAAGAGUUUUGCGCACAUUAAUCACGAAUUUUUUGCCCGAUAUCGACGAAACUCUGAAAAACCAUGACAUAGAACUAUCUCUAAUAACUCUACACUGGUUUCUAACGCUCUUUGCCAGCGCUGUCCAUAUGAAAAUCUUGCUAAGAAUCUGGGACUUAUUUUUCUUCGAAGGAUCUAUAGUAUUAUUUCAAGUAACGUUAAGCAUGUUGAAAAUGAAAGAACCUCAGCUGAAGCAACUCGAAAAUUCUGCUCAAAUUUUUAACGCAUUGUCCGACAUUCCUGGAGAUAUAGACGACGUAGAGAAACUGUUUGAAGUGUCUCAAACGUUGACGACCUCUUUGAACGAAGUCAUGAUAGAGACUUACAGGCGGCGUCACUUGGCCUACCUUAUGGCGGACCAAGGGGCCUUAGUAGGCAACCCGGAGGCCGCCCCCAACUUGCCCAAACAGCACCUCGCCAGGCGCCAGGUCAAGAAAAACAAAUCCGUUAUCCAACUCUUGCUCUUCAACGAAAACACUGAAGACGACAUCAAGUGCAAAAACAUCAAACAGACGGAGAUUCUGGUAGACUUGCGAGAGGCGAUUUUACAGAUCGCGCGUCAUUUUCUGCAAGUGGAUCCGAAAUUGAGCACUGAAAUUUCCCUGGUUGCGGACUAUUCAACGGAAAGUCAUGCAACCGAUCACGACAAUUACAUAAACGUUUCGAAAAAUCGCAAACGGCGGGCUAAGGCUCUAUUAGAUUUCGAGCGUCAUGAUGACGACGAGUUGGGUUUUCGUAAAAACGACAUUAUUACGAUUAUAAGUCAGAAGGAUGAGCACUGUUGGGUGGGGGAACUGAACGGAUUGAGAGGGUGGUUUCCGGCAAAAUUUGUCCAGUUAUUGGACGAAAGAAGUAAACAAUACAGUAGCGCCGGGGAUGAUAGCAUAUCCGAAACAGUGACUGACUUAGUCAGGGGGACCUUAUGCCCAGUUAUUAAGCAAGUAUUAGAACACGGGAUGAAAAGGCCUAACUUUCUUGGUGGACCUUGCCAUCCUUGGCUUUUCAUAGAAGAAGCGGCAACGAAAGAGGUUGAAAAAGACUUUAAUUCGGUGUAUAGUAGGCUAGUUCUUUGCAAAACAUACAGACUGGACGAAGACGGAAAAGUUCUAACUCCGGAAGAAUACUUUCAGUUGCUGUACCGCUGCGUCCAGUCGGUCAACCUGUCUCAUGACAAUGCGCACGCUCAAAUGGAUGUUAAACUGCGCUCGUUGAUUUGUAUGGGUUUGAACGAGCAAGUUUUACACUUAUGGCUCGAAGUCCUAUGUUCUUGCAGCGAAGUUGUUCAGAAAUGGUACCAUCCGUGGUCGUUCGUUUACAGCCCGGGUUGGGUGCAGAUCAAAUGUGAUUUACGAAUUUUAUCGCAACUGUCGUUUAAUUUGAACCCCGACUGGGAGCUUCCCGUUAAAAAAGAAACCAAUAACCAACCACUGAAGGAUGGUGUUCGCGAUAUGUUAGUCAAACAUCAUCUCUUCAGUUGGGACAUCUGAACUGUAAAUAUAUUCUGUCCAUAACGAAUGCCUUCAAUUAUGUUUCUUGUCAUAGCUUUAAUUGCGUUGGGCUGUCACGAGGGUAGCAAGCGAAUGACAAUAACGCCCAACCAGACUUUCAUACAGAUUAUUUUUCUAAGUACCGACUAGUGCAAUAGCUACGACUUAAUAAUUAAACACUUUAUUUAUUCCUUUGUACAAAUUUAACGACCAAACAUUGAACUAAAAACGCAAAUACCCAAAAAAUUACAUUUCAUAAUCUCAUUUGUCCAGUGUAUUUAUUACUAAGUUAUUGUUCUUAAAUUAAUUACAUAUGUAAUAAAAA